ACUUUACCGUAGAGGAAAACGUCUCAUAGUGCUGCUGCGAAGUUGAGAGUUGCUAGUUUCUACCUUCCUCUUCUCCCCUUUUCCUUCUCUGCUCUCCAAGUCAGCCGGCGUCACUGAUCCGUUCUCUGCAUCGCCACUCCGUUCAGUUCGUUCACUACUGCGCCGCCGCCGUUCUCCGUUUAUCCUCCUGCAUCGCUACUCCGGGUCGUUGCCACCAGCGCCACUGCUCGCAUCUUUGCCGGCGUCUCUCGCCUCUCCGGCCACUUCUCCCUCAUCCUGGAGUGUGUCAUGGAUUCACAAUCUCUUGCAUACCAUCUGUUCGACAAAAUGCUUGUGCUUGCUCACACUCCCUGUUGGCUCCAAUGCAAUUUUUCAUUGUUCCAUUCAUGAGAGUACCCAUGAAGAAGCACUAAUAGAGUCAUCAAAUGCAAUGAAUUCAAUAGCAUUGGGAUCAAUACCAACGAAGCAUGUUCUUUGUGCCACACUUAGUUCUUGCGCAAAAACUCUUAAUUGGCCUUUAGGUAUACAAAUCCAUGCUCAUAUCAUUCGAUCCGGGUAUGAGAAUAGUUUGUUCCUUGGCAGUGCACUCAUUGAUUUCUAUGCAAAAUGUGAUUCCAUUUUGGAGGCAAAGAAGGUAUUCACAUCCAUGAAGGUGCACGAUAAGGUAUCAUGGACUUCACUCAUUUCUGGGUUCUCAAUAAAUGGACAAGGAAAAGAUGCGUUCUUGUUGUUCAAGGAUAUGUUGGGUACCCAAAUUAAGCCUAAUUCUUUUACCUUUGCCAGUGUUAUUGGUUCUUGUGUGGGGCAAAAUGGCGGCCUUGAAAAGUGUUCAAUUCUUCAUGCACAUGUUGUGAAACGAGGAUUUUGUGCCAUGAAUUUUGUGUUGUGCUCAUUGGUUGAUUGUUAUGCAAAAUGGGAGUGUGUUGAUGCUGCUGCUUUAGUGUUUGAUGAAAGUACUGAAAGGGAUAGUAUUGUGUAUAAUUCAAUGAUCUCUGGUUAUUGUCAAAACUUGUACUAUGAUGACGCUCUGAAACUGUUUGUGGAAAUGCGGCAGAGGAAUUUGGAUGUUACUGAUCACACUUUAUGUUCUGUAUUAAAUGCUUGCAGUGGCAUUGCAAUACUUCUUCAAGGAAGACAAGUGCACUCUGUUGUUGUUAAGAUGGGUUCAGAGCAGAAUGUGUUCGUGGUCAGUGCUUUGAUUGAUAUGUAUUCAAAGGGCGGUGACAUUGGUGAGGCUCGAGCUGUGUUGGACCAGACUUCUAACAAAAAUAGUGUGUUGUGGACAUCUAUGAUCACGGCUUAUGCUUGCUGCGGUAGAGGUUUGGAGGCUCUGGAACUUUUUGAUCAUUUAUUGGUGGAGAAAGAGUUCAUUCCUGAUCAUGUGUGUUUUACAGCAAUCUUAACAGCUUGCAAUCAUGCUGGAUUUCUUCACAAAGGGGUGGAGUACUUCAACAAAAUGAGCACAGAUUACCAGUUGUCUCCUGAUAUAGACCAAUAUGCUUGCUUGAUUGAUCUGUAUGCUAGAAAUGGAAAUCUUAGGAGGGCAAGGGAAUUAAUGGUAGAAAUGCCUUAUGAUCCAAAUAAUGUAAUCUGGAGUUCCUUCUUGAAUUCUUGCAAGAUUCAUGGAGAUGUAGAGCUUGGAAGGGAGGCUGCGGAUCAGCUCAUUAAGAUGGAACCAUGUAAUGCAGCACCAUAUUUAUCACUAGCACAAAUCUAUGUGAAAAAAGGUUUAUGGAACAAAGUGGCUGAAGUCAGAAGCCUUAUGCAAAGAAGGAGAAUAAGAAAACCUGCAGGAUGGAGUUGGAUAGAGGUAGAUAAGAAGCUUCAUGUCUUUGCAGUUGAUGAUGUAACUCAUCAACAAUCAAUUGAGAUAUAUGCGGAGUUGGAAAAGAUUUAUCUGGGAAUUAUAGAAGUGUCAAUUUAUAUAUCAUAGUAUAUCAAUAUUUAAGCAUAGGUCUACUCUCCUUGCUUCCUAUGGAUUACGGAUUCCAAUUUAUGAUGAGAACCUUGGAUACUUUCAUGUUGUUAAUUUAUCACAUGUUGAUUGAGGCAGAGUAUAAUCUCCAGAAAAAAUCCAAUGUGUUGGAUACCGACUCUAAUUUAACCCUGUUGUUCUUCGAAAAAUUUAGCUGAUAACAAGAGGCAACAUGUAUUCGAGGUAGUAGAUGAAAUCUUAUAGGGGGUUCAACGUACAUGGAGGAGCUCAGGUCUCCCCUUUUUCAUAUACGAGUAGAGAUUAUGAUCCGGCCAUUGUUUCCCAUGGUUCGGGAGAAUUAUGGCGGUCCCUUGUGUGAGAGAUUUUGCUAUUCAUUGGGGAUCUUUUCCGGUUUGGUCAGAUUCCCCUCCCACUGUUAUGGUUGACUGUUUGGGCCCCUGGAUGAGCUGCUGGGGUGCCCCUGGGCUGUGCUGGAUGCAUUUCCGUGUCGGGCUUAUCCAGAACAAAUUUUAUGCAACAAAAGGUGACCAAGAUGUUGAUGCCUAGUGAUAUUCUAUAUUAUUAUUAUUAUUAUUAUAGCAUCGUUGGCUGAUGCCGUGUGGAUAUGCAUAUCAUUUGAGAUCAUUUUUUAGGUACUGAAGCUGAACCAAGGAAGAAGGGAGCAGCUGCGACUGCUUAAGCUUUUUGGAUUGAAAGAUUGUUGUUUGGUGGGUACGGAAUUAGAGUGUUAGAUUUUUAUUUUUCUUUUGUUGAGGCAAGGCCUUUUAGGCUUUUGGAACAUUCGUUUAUUUUGAUAGCCUCAUUGCUUCUGUCUCUCUUGGUCUUGUUUACUUCAAUUUUGUAAUUGCUAUUAAAUUUCAACGAGUCAAACUUUUCGGAUAUUCAAUUGGAUUAUAUGACAACUAUAGUUUUGGUUUC